AAAAAUGGCCGAAAGGGGAGUAAAUGAUGUUAACCCGUUUUCAUUUAAAACAUUUGUCGGGAAAGACAAAAAGGUUUCGACGCAAAGAAAUGUAAAAAAAUCAGAAAUAGACACCGAUGAUAUUUUUGGAGUUGAUAAAGCAUCAGACGUGCUUCAGAUAAAAGAAAACGUCAAUUUAGAGAAGUCUAGUUUUUCACUUGUGGUGGAAGUAGAUGAGGGCGGUGGAGGUUCUUCAAAGAAAGAGAAACAAAAAGACAACCCAUUUUCAUUCAAAAAGUUUUUGUCUUCCACCUCUAGCCAAAGCAAAGGGGGAGCAGAUUCAUUAUUUCCCCUAGUCCCUGACUCAGUCAGUGAUCUCCCCUUGGCUGGCACAGACAUUCCUCCCUCCAGCAUUAUUCCAACAGCUCAACUAUUAGAACCAAAGUUGAAUACAAGCUUACCAACAGUAGACUGUGAUCUGAUAGCAGAUUCUUUCUUACAGUUGCCUAACCACAGCACCAGUUCAAGCCAUGAGCUUGUUUUAAAGCAGAGUUCUUUCAAUGACAUUGAGUAUGAAGAUGAAAUUGACAACAGUAUAUUGACUGACAAUGGCAGAAAGAAGUUAGCACUUCCAGAUUUUUUGUCAGAUGGAGCAGCUCUCAGUGGCCACAAGUCCUCUUCAAAUACUAUAGAGAAAAACCUGUUGUGUGGACAUGAAGAUCUGUUGGAAGAAAUUAGAAUACUUAAAGAGGAAAACAUAAAGCUGCAGGGUGAGCUGAUGAUAGAAAGACAGUCUAGUAGUGAGAAAAAUCAAAAACUUCUGCAGCUGAAAAUAGAUUUAGAGCGUCAGAAAAAGAAAGAACUAGAAGAAACAGCUGUUCUGGAACGUGCUGUGCAGCAAGUGGAAGAAAAUCUGGUCACAACCACUAAUUGUGCAGUUCAGGCAGAAUCUACUGUAGCAAUGCUGAAAAAAGAGAUCAAAGUGUUGAAUAGCCAGAUCAAAAGUUUGCUGCUGGAGAACGAAGCUUACAAGUCAGGAGACGGCGGUCUGUCAGAUAUCAGAGAGAGGACCAAGUACACAGCUGACCAGCUACACACAGCUGCAGCUGGGGCAGAAAAAAACAUCAAAGAACUUCUGACAGGGGUAGAUAAGCUCAGGCUGCUGUCUCAAGUUUUGGCAUCUUUAGAAAAAGUAUCAGAGGUGAAACCAGACAGUCCAGAACAUGACACCAAACCCUCAUGAGAGCACUCAGCUCUCUUGGACUUGCUUUAUUUAUUUACAAUUCUUUUAGUGUAUUAUGGAUUUUUACAUUUCUAGUUUUUAUCAUGUUACGUACUACAUAUGCAAUGUGGUAUUGUCAAUCUAAUAUUUACUGUUCCAUAUGUUUAUUUCCUGCAUAAAAUUGUCAGAAUGUCUUUCAAUAUUUGUGAUUAAACUGGUGUAUUGCACACCUAUGGUACAUUA